AUGACAGGAAGAGGGUUUCUUGUUCCUGACAACUAUGUCGACGAUCUUCCCAAUGAGACCGACAUGAACGUCGCCUCCAUCGCUUGGGGCUUGUCGUUGGGCGUUACACUCUUUAACAUCGCAAAGGGUAUUCGACAGACGCGGUCUGCGUGGAAUCGCAGGAAGAGGAUCACCAGUUAUGUCGCGUUGAUUUGGGCCGAGGUCAUUUCGAGUUUUAUCCUGGGCGUUAUGUGCUGGUUUUAUCUUCGGGGUGACAUUCCGCCGAGCAUGCAGUUCUUCUUCUUUAUCAUUGUUUGGUGGUCAACACAGGUCCAGUGCCUCAUCCAGAUUAUCAUCAACCGAGUAUCCCUAUUAAUGGUGGUUCGAUCCAACGGCACAAAGCUCAAAUGGCUCUGCUUCCUUAUCCUAUUCGCCGUCAACAUCAGCGUAUUUUGCAUCUGGGUCCCCGCUCGACUUCAGAUUAGCGAGUCUUAUAUCCACCUGAACGAGAUCUGGGAUCGAUGCGAGAAGGUCAUUUUCGCUCUUAUGGAUGCUGCCCUCAACUUUUACUUCAUCUACGUCGUCAAGCAGCGACUAGUUGCCAAUGGUCUGCAAAAGUAUACUCGACUCUAUCAAAUGAACAUGUUCUUGUGUGGUAUCUCGAUUGCUCUGGAUGUACUGCUCAUCUGCAUGAUGUCUCUACCCAACGGCUUUGUCUACAUUCAAUUCCAUCCUCUCGUCUACCUCCUCAAACUUCAAAUCGAGAUGAACAUGGCCGAUCUUAUUGGAAAGGUCGUCCGAGCCGGCAACAACGAUCCUCGCAACCACGACUACAGCUCUCGAUCACGAACGACGGGAACAUCUCGACCCCACGGCACACGAUUCGGCCAGACUCUUGCUAGCGCGCAUCACCGAACACACAUCGAGCUUGGAGAGGAGGAUGAGUACGAGCUCAAGGAACGUGAGAAGAUCGAGGGUAUCAAGAAGACUGUCGUCACGCAGAUUGUACAUCAGGGUCAGCAGCAGCAGGAGGAUGAUGAUUCUACUGCUGAGGAUCAGAACGAUAAUGCUGUUAGCGAAGCCAGCUCGACUAAGCAUUUGCAUCACCAGCGCAAGUAUAGCGUUGUAUAG